CAAACCAGUCAUGAACGCAAGUCUAGUAUAAAGUCAAAUCAAUGCUAAUUUAAAAAGAAAAACAACAUAUUUAUUUUUAGGUUAUGUUUUUGUUGUUUUCGUUUUAUAAAGUUUUAUUUUGCAGCAAUUUUCCUUAUUUGUUUUAAAUUAAGUGUUUUUAUGAUUCCUAUAAUUGUUUAUUAUUUCAAACACAAUGAGCACCAUUAGCGAGUGGUCUCAGUCAGCCGAAUAUUUAAGUUUUCGAAGCAGUGUUCCCUUAAGAAGAAUUGUAGUUGAUUCUGAUGACUCAAAAGGCUGGAGAGUAUAUGACUGUGGCCCCAAAACUGUGCAAAGCCCUUUAAUAUGUCUUCCACCAGUUUCUGGCACCGCUGAUGUUUUCUUUAGACAAGCUUUAGCUCUAUCAGCUAGAGGUAUCCGGGUCAUAUUAGCAGAGGCGCCUCCUUAUUGGUCAGUUAAAGAAUGGUGUGAUGGUUUUAGGCGACUAAUAGACUACCUUAAUCUUACUAGAGUUCACUUAUUUGGAGCCUCACUUGGUGGCUAUUUGGCUCAAAAGUUUGCCGAGUACACCUCCCUCGAUCCUAGAGUAGCUUCUCUAGUUUUAUGUAAUACAUUUUCUGACACUAGCAUAUUCAAAGGCUACGAGAGUGCUUCUCUUUACUGGAUGCUACCGGCUUUGGUCCUCAAAAAGAUGCUAAUGUCCAAUUUCGAACCUGAACCUGCCAAAGACCCUGAUAUGGUCAAAACUAUUGAUUUUAUGGUUGAAAAAUUGGACAGUCUUACCCAAAGUGAGCUGGCUAGUAGACUUACUUUAAACUGCACCAGAGGCUAUGUAGAGGCUCACAAACUGACUGAUCUUCCAGUAACAAUAAUCGAUGUUUUCGACGGGGCUCCUCUAAGUACUCCAGUGAAAGAAGAAUUGUAUAAAUGCUACCCACAAGCCAAGUUGGCCCAUAUAAAGACUGGCGGUUACUUUCCUUUUUUAAGUAGAAGUGCUGAGGUCAACUUACACCUUUUGAUACACUUGAGGCAAUUUGAUAAUGGACCUCUGGCGUCAUCUGAUCGGUCUCUUAUUAGUAAUAGUCAGUCAGAAUCUUAAAGGGAUAUUUUUAUAUUGCAGGGGAAUAUAAUAAACAGGGUUAGAGCCAUAUGAUACA